UACGCGUCCUGACUCUGGCCCCGCGCUUUGCUGGCUCGCAGGACCUUGCUUGGCUAGAGGGCACCUCUGACCUUGGUCUCUCCCUGGUUCCAGAUCUGCGCCAGGACCAUGGGUGCAGCGCUGAUCACUAGCCCGCGGCUGGCCUCCCUGCCACGCCUGGCCUGCGGCACUCUCCGGCGCCAGGCACCCUCCGUGCCCGCCCAGGGCUACCACUCAAAGUCGGGCUCGCCUCGCCCCGUGCCCCUGAAGAAGCGAGGAUACGAUGUCACCAGAAACCCUCAUCUCAACAAGGGCAUGGCCUUCACACUCGAAGAAAGACUGCAGCUUGGCAUCCAUGGCCUGAUCCCGCCCUGCUUCCUCAGCCAAGAUGUCCAGCUCCUCCGCAUCAUGAGAUACUAUGAGAAACAGCCAAGCGACCUGGACAAGUAUAUCAUUCUCAUGACUCUCCAAGACCGAAAUGAGAAGCUCUUUUACCGAGUGCUGACCUCAGAUGUGGAGAAAUUCAUGCCCAUUGUGUACACACCCACUGUGGGGCUAGCCUGUCAGCAAUAUGGUCUGACCUUCCGCCGACCGCGUGGGCUGUUUAUCACCAUUCAUGACAAGGGCCAUCUUGCAACAAUGCUGAACUCUUGGCCAGAGGACAAUAUUAAGGCAGUUGUGGUGACUGAUGGAGAGCGCAUACUGGGCUUGGGAGACCUAGGCUGCUACGGCAUGGGCAUCCCUGUGGGCAAGCUGGCCCUGUACACAGCAUGCGGAGGGGUGAAUCCACAGCAGUGCCUUCCUGUCCUGCUAGAUGUCGGCACCAACAAUGAGGAGCUUCUCAGAGACCCUCUGUACAUUGGCCUGAAACACCAGCGUGUUCGUGGGAAGGAGUAUGAUGAUCUACUGGAUGAAUUCAUGCAGGCUGUGACAGAUAAGUUUGGAAUAAAUUGCCUCAUCCAGUUUGAAGACUUUGCCAACGCCAAUGCCUUCCGUCUGCUCAACAAAUACCGCAACAAGUACUGCAUGUUCAAUGAUGAUAUCCAAGGCACAGCCUCUGUAGCUGUGGCAGGGAUCCUGGCUGCUCUGAGAAUCACCAAGAACAGGCUCUCCAAUCAUGUGUUUGUCUUCCAGGGUGCAGGUGAGGCAGCCAUGGGCAUCGCCCACCUCCUUGUUAUGGCCCUGGAAAAGGAAGGCGUACCCAAGGCAGAAGCCAUAAGGAAGAUCUGGAUGGUGGACUCCAGGGGUUUAAUUGUCAAGGGUAGGAGCCACCUGAACCAUGAGAAGGAGAUGUUUGCCCAAGACCAUCCUGAAGUCAACUCCCUGGAGGAAGUAGUGAGGCUGGUGAAGCCCACAGCAAUUAUAGGUGUUGCUGCCAUCGCAGGAGCCUUCACGGAGCAGAUUCUGAGGGACAUGGCCUCCUUCCAUGAGCGCCCAAUCAUCUUUGCCCUGAGCAACCCCACCAGCAAGGCUGAGUGCACAGCCGAGAAGUGCUACCAGGUCACAGAGGGCCGAGCGAUCUUUGCCAGUGGAAGUCCUUUUAAGCAUGUGACUCUGGAAGAUGGCAGGACUUUCAUCCCUGGUCAGGGAAACAAUGCCUAUGUGUUUCCUGGGGUAGCACUGGGUGUCAUUGCCGGUGGGAUCCGACACAUCCCAGACGAAAUCUUUCUCCUGACAGCAGAGAAUAUUGCACAAGAAGUCUCCGAACAGCACCUGUCUCAGGGGAGAUUGUACCCACCACUCAGCACCAUCCGAGAUGUGUCUCUGAGACUUGCAGUCAAAGUCCUCGACUAUGCAUAUAAACACAACCUGGCCUCCUACUAUCCAGAGCCCAAGGACAAGGAGGCUUUUGUAAGAUCUCUGAUCUACACUCCAGACUAUGACUCCUUCACACUAGAUACCUACAGUUGGCCUAAGGAAGCUAUGAAUGUUCAGAAGGUCUGAUGCAUUCUCUGGGGUAUGUUUGGGAUGGAUGAAGAAAUACAACAUAAAUUGGUCCCAAAAUGGC